AUGGAAGAGGGGGACGAGGAGGAGGCCGUGGAAGAGGAGGACGAGGAGGACGAGGACGAGGACGAGGAGAUCUCAGGCGAGUAUGUGGCUUUCGCCACGAGUAACCAUGCUCAUGACUUUACAGGUUCUGAAGAUGACGGUGUGGGCGACCUUUCCUCAUAUCGGUUGUGGAGUUCAUCCGACGCCGAAGACGUGAAUCCAGAGGAUAUAGCCUCUCACUACCAACGUAGAGCUCGCAUGGAGGAUGUCAGCAUUCUUGCGAUGGACAACCAUGUACCAGAGACUCACUUUCCUCCCGGUUUGGGAGACCCUGGCCUCUGGAUGGUCAAAACAAGGGAUAUUUCGCAGCGGAAUCGCACUUUUGAGGCGCUGAUGCUCAUGCACGAUGCACUAGCUGCGGGUCCAGUGGAUGAAACGCAGGCUGCGGAUCAGCACGACCUUUUUGUUGCAGGGACGUCUGGCACACAAGCGACUGGGACCAUCUCACCGAUGACAACGGCUCAUACGGCGAAGACCCCGGCUGUACAUUCAAUCUCUCUCUGCGUAGGAGGAAUGCACCUCGACCAUGCAGAUCAUAUCUACAUCGAGGCCCAGGGCCCCAUCGACGUCGCACGUGCAUGCUCUAUGGCGACGCAUCUUCUUCGUCAAAUUAAACCGCUCUACAUACCACUGGAUGAGAGGAUCAGCACCUUUAGCAUCGGGUCCACGAAUAUUCGAGCACAUACUUUCACUAGGCUCCAAUUUGGGAGGCUGUACAAGGGAGACCUCACGUACAUUGAAGAUGUACAGCAGGGCGUGGUGGUCUGGGCAGUUCCGCGAGUCUCGUAUGGAAACAAAAGGUCAUUGUGGCCUGCAGCGCGCCCGUUUGAUCCCGCAGCGGCUUCGGAACAUUGCGGUCAUGAGUCCGUCAAGAAGAAGAGCCGCAAAGGCAAAGGCAAAGGCAAAGCAAGUUCAGAAAUGAUCAGAGAGCAGACUGCUGUCGAUUACAUAUUCCGCGGAAAACGGUUCAGAGACGGGCUUGUGCGAUUGAAAUAUGAGACUCGUUAUCUAGGUCCCCUAAUUCCUGCUCCAAGCGAAGACGAUAUCGAACCAUUCGUUGGUCCUGACUGGAUACCACAGAAAGCCAUCGAAGACAUGAUUCAUCUCUCAAAUAUGGCCAGUCUAUCCCCGCACGAUUGCAUUCGCGUGACAGGUGGGGAACUGUCUGGCCUGGAAGGAGUCAUCGAUAGUGUGACAGAUAGAACCACCACAAUCCUAUAUGGUCGUGAUUCAGCCGAGUCGACAGUUGUGUCCUUGGGCAGUCUCGAGAGGAUUUUCAAGCCAGGCGAUGCAGUAAAGGUACUGCGAGGUAGUCAUCACGGAACUACAGGUUUUGUUCUGGCUUCUAAGCCGGACGUGUCUGUGCUUAGCGUCCAUCAUCAUGAGCAUGAGAAUAUAGAGAUUACAGUGAGGACUCAUGACAUGAAGAUGCACAGCGUUCCAUUCCGAUUCGUCGCUGUGCCAGAAGAGGUGCAGAACUCGCACAGUCCUUCUGAGGAGCAGAGAACCAGACGUUCAGCUGCUGAGGAGUCCGAUGCGCACAAAGCUGGAUUGCCCGAUGAUGGUCCACUUACCGAUGCCGUGCUCGAGCCGUACAUUAUGCAUAUGGUCGCGAUCAUUCGGGGCGGACAUAAGGGUUACAGAGGAUUACUCAAAAGCAUUUAUCGGGGCCGUUUGGCAGUCGAGCUUGGUUAUCCGAGGUGUAGAGUGGUCUCAUUCCGCCAGGAGGAGGUUGGCCUACUCAGGUUGAGCUCGAUUUCCAGCGAUAAAGGCAAUAUUUACCCUCUCAUGACAAGGGAAGGCAAGAUAUCGGACAUAUCGCUGUCCGAUGAACUGCUUGCCGAUGCUGGGAGGCCCAUCUGGGAGCUCGAGUGGCCCUUCUGCAGCCCUGCCUGA